CUUGAAUAUUUUAUAACAUAGCAUAUAAGUUCUCGUGUAACUAAAUAUGUAACAAAACAAUAUUACGAGGAAGGAUAAAUAAUAGAUACUCUUACGUAAGCAUUUACAUGUUUAUCAACUUUCUUUCGUUUAAUAACUAGUAAACUAUAAACAAAUAAUUAGUUAAUUGCAAAGAUACAAAAUAAAAAUAAAAAAAAAUAUAUCUGUGGGAGUUAAUAACACUUACAAAACACCAUGCUUGUCUAAUUUCUUGUUUAUAAAGACUUCAAUUACCAAUCACCCCAUUUGUACCGUGGAUGCUGCCUCGAUUGAUACAAAAGAUGAAUUCAUAAAGAAAUGCAAAAACGACAAAAUUGAUGAAGUCAACAAUAUUAUUAAUAAGGGUCAAAUCAAAGAAAUGCAACCAACAUCAGUCAAUAUCAGAGUCCUACCGUUUAGUCAUAAAAAUAACUUACAUGAUUAUUUCUAAAGUUACCCAACACGAUCAUUAAUAUUACAAAACGACACACAAUAAUUUACUGUCACUCGUCAUAAUAUAACAAUUACAUAUUGAAAUGAUAGCAUUCGGCGAUAAGAAGCUCCUAGUAAGCUAUCACCACGUCCGAUCUUAUCCAAAGUAAGGAUACCAAUUGCAAAACUUCCUCCUAUCAGUACUAACAUUACACCUAGAUAAAAUUUCUAACGAUAACCACGUAACAUUGAUGACAAAAGUAACGCUUUAAAUACGAAUAGAAAUAAGUUUUCUGAACCAUAAAUUGUUUUGGUAUAGUUUCGUGAACUUCCCAACAUGGGGGGUCAAAAACUGUUUUGGUCCUCCAUAGGAAUCGUUCUGAUUUCGUCCUGCUAUGUCUACGCCUGCGACGAGAAAGGCCUUUGCUUGCUGGAAGCAUUAAAGGAAAUGAAAGAAUGCAAGAAAGCAGUGAUGGCUUCGUUACUGAAGCCACUUCUUGCUACGAAAUUGCUCGAAAAAGAUAAGAAGGCAUGUUGUGCUGAGCUGCCGCUGCCACCUCCUCCUACAAUAAUGCUGAUGCCUGCACCGCCGCCACCAUGCGCUGCUCCUGCCCCACCAUGUGCCCCAGCCUUACCACCUAUACUCCUGGCGCCUCCUCCACCAGCACCAGUGUGUCUUCCACCACCUGCCCCUGCUCCAGUCUGCCUGCCUGCUCCUCCUCCAGCCCCGAUAUAUAUACCCGCUCCUCCACCUGCGCCAGUUUGCUUACCAGCACCUCCUGCACCGCUGAUGUUGCCAGCGCCGCCACCGUCGCUGAUGUUGCCGCCGCCACCACCUGCGCCUAUCUAUCUGCCUGCUCCUCCGCCAGCCCCUCUCUGUCUACCUCCUGCACCACCAGCAGCUCCUGCUCCCCUGGUUAUAUCACUGGUUCCACCACCCCCUCCACCUCCGCCACCAUCCUGUCUUCCCCCUCCUCCUCCAGCUCCCCCAGGGUAUCCAAUGACGGCGUACAUGGUGGCCCCACCGAUACCCAUUACCUUGGAGCCAAAACCUCUGGAACUGCCGGCUCCCUGCCCAUGUUCCCUCAAGAAGUACUAUUAAAAUGUUCUCAAUUAUAUGUAUUAUAGUUUAGUUUUUAUUUAUUUUACGUUCACAUAAAUAAAU